AUGCCACUACCAAAAAACACCAAGGAAAUAACAACUUGUCUUCCAGAGACAAGCCCAAUUUUGAAAUCGGCAGACCAUAUCUCCAAAUCCUUGUCGAACAUUAAACCGAAGAGGGGCGUCACUGACAUACCAAGAGCAAUGACAGGAACACUAGUGCGUACAAUUUUACCUGAGGGUAAAAGCAAAAGCAGAAGUAAGAGAAAUUCAGAACCCAAAGGCGAAGAGGCCGAUUUGGCAAAAUCGAAAUAUAUGAUGAAAAGUAUCGCCGGUUUAUUAACUACAGCUAGUGUUUAUGCUGGUCUAGAUAAUAUUCAAAAUGCUGAUUCUUUGGCCAUGAAUUCAUCAGAGAUAAAAGAAGAUGAUAUGGCAAAUAAACAGGAAGAAAAGGAACAAAAGUCUACCGAUGAGCCACUUGCUAUUUCGCCUGAUGUCAAAGUUAGAAAACCAACAUUAUUUGAUAUUUCAAUAGUACCUAAAGAUGAGAACGACUCUGAAAAGGAAAAUCCCGAAUAUUUAUCGGCAAAAAGGAAUAUGAUAAUUAAGAAACUUUCUGAAGUUUUUACACUUCCUCAAGAGGAGAAAUUCAUGGAGGAAUUUCCAUCAUGGAUCUUGAAAGAUGUAUUAGUUCAAGGUCAUUUAUUUGUCACGACGUCACAUCUAUUAUUUUUUGCUUAUCUACCAAAACCAUCGGGCGCAGUAAAGAUGUCGGGAAAUUUAUACAUACGGUCCGCUCUCACAGGAUCUACCAGAUAUUGGGGUGUCCUAAAAGACAAUCUGUUCUCUCUUUAUAAUUCGCCAACAGAUAUCUAUUUUCCGGUAUUGACUAUUGACCUAAGGAAUGUUACCAAAAUUGAAGUACAAAAAUCGUUCCGUUCUCACAAUCCAACUGAAUAUUUUAAGAUAAUAACAAAUGAAAAAACUUUUAAAUUCAUUGCAGACUCAGUAAAUUCUGCUACAAGUUGGUGUAAGGUUCUGAAGAAGCAACAAUUCUCCUGUCAAAAUACUUCAAAUAACUCUAUCAGUUUGAAAAUACCGCUAUCCAAUAUUUUGGAAUUGGAAGACCAGAAACUAGUGAAUGAAGCAAGUAUAUUUGUCGUUAAAGCAUUGGAAAGUCCUGAAACGUUUGCAGUUGAUGAUUAUGUUUUUAUGUUCUUGGAUGAUUCUGGUUCAACUCUAAAGAAUUUGUUAGAGACUAGACUCAAGGAAUUAAAAGAAAAUAAUAUAAAUAUUUUAUAUGGGGCUGAAGAAGAAGAAAAGGAAGAAAAACUUGAGCCUAUGAAUUCAGAUGAUCUUGUCAAAUCUAUUCCAAAGUAUAUUAGAACUGAAAAUAUAUUGAGACAAGAGUUGGCAAAACUCUCGUUGCGGAGACUAACCCCUCAAUUUUACGUUCCAACGGCAGGUUCAUUAAUUCCACAAACUCCAAACGUUUUAUCUGGAGGUUUGAAUUAUCUUCCCAGCCCAACAGAUUAUCUCCCAUCUAGGAAGAAUUUACCCUUAACUCUGGCCUCAUCUCAAAACCCAAUCUUGGAUGAAAUAAGAGCAGGUCCCUUAAUCAAAAGAAUACGUGCAAAAAGUGGUCAUUGGUUGAAGAAAAGACAUCAAACUGAUGAUAAUAAGAUUGAAGAAAGUAUCGUACUAGAAAAUCAAUCUGACUCCAAAUUGCAAUCAAACGAACACAAACAACCUCUGAAUACAGAUGAGUCCACAACGCAACUGAAUUCAAUUUCAAUUGAAGAUCAAGGAAGUGAAAUUUUAAAUGAUACAGAUUCAAUUCAAAGCUUUGAAUUAAAAUCCAGUCCUUCAAAGAAAGGGGCAGUUUCUACUUGGGCAAUACAUCCUUUGAAAAAUGUAACAAGUAUGUGGCAAUCAACGCCCUUGCAUUAUCCUAAUAAGGCCAUUGAAUUUACAGAUGAUGAUAAAUCAUUAAUUACAAGUGAAAAGGAAGUCACUUUAUCGAAUGAUCGAUUUAGAAGACAUUUUAUUUUAGACGAAAAUGAGUUUCUUAUUAGUGCAUAUUAUACACAUUUAAUUAAAAACGUUCCAAUGUAUGGGAAGUUUUACAUUGGAGAUGAAGUGAUUUGUUAUAGAUCACUAAUACCAGGUUCAAGCACAAAGAUGAUUUUACCUUUAAGAGAUAUAGAAACCUGUUAUAAGGAAAAGGGAUUCAGAUUUGGUUAUUUUGGUUUGGUCAUUGUUAUCAGAGGAUACGAAGAAUUAUUUUUCGAAUUUGCUUCUUCAUUAUCAAGAGAUGAUUCUGAAAUUAUUAUUUUAAAACAAGUGGAAAAGUUUAGAGAGCAACAGGGAACAAAAGACGAUGAUACGAAUAUAUGUAGGACAGAAAGUAAUACACAGCACGCCAAAUUAAAAUUCUUAGAAGAUAAAAUUAGCGCUGGAGGAUAUGAAGUGCCUUUAAUGUUGGAACAGAAUCCACAUUUUGAUGUUAAAAUAACGCCAAAUAAAAGUUAUAACAUUGGGUUACUCACAAUCGGUUCCCGAGGUGAUGUGCAACCUUAUAUAGCCCUUGGUAUGGGUUUAAUAAAAGAAGGCCAUAAUGUUACUAUAAUAACACAUGAAGAAUUCCGUCCUUUUGUAGAAUCACAUGGAAUCAAUUUUGUAGAAUUAGCUGGGAACCCUGCAAAACUUAUGUCCUUAAUGGUGGAACAUGAAUCAAUGAACAUCGGCUUAUUAAGGGAAGCCUCCGCCAAUUUUAAAGGAUGGAUUACAGAUUUAUUAGAAUCAUCUUGGGUUGCCUGUAAGGAUUUAAACCUGGAUUUACUGAUUGAAUCUCCCUCGGCAAUGGUAGGGAUUCACCUUGCAGAGGCUUUGGAUAUUCCCUAUUUUAGAGCCUUUACAAUGCCAUGGUCUAGAACAAGAGCAUAUCCACAUGCAUUUAUUGUCCCCGAUCAAAAGAAAGGUGGUAACUAUAAUUAUUUGACUCAUGUUCUGUUUGAAAAUAUAUUCUGGAGAGGGAUUAGUGGUCAGGUGAAUAAAUGGAGAGUCGAGACAUUAGGAUUGAAAAAAACAAACUUAUAUCUAUUACAACAGAAUAAAGUUCCAUUUCUUUAUAAUGUAUCCCCAACUAUAUUCCCACCUUCUAUAGAUUUCAGCGAAUGGAUCAAAGUUACUGGCUAUUGGUUCUUAGAUGAAAAACUAAACUAUAAACCUCCCGAUGAUCUGAUAGCAUUUAUUUCGAAGGCAAGAACUUUGAACAAAAAAUUAGUUUAUAUCGGGUUUGGUUCCAUCGUGGUUUCAAAUGCCAAGGAAAUGACUAUGGCACUCGUGGAGGCAGUACAGAACGCCGGAGUAUACUGCAUCCUGAAUAAAGGAUGGUCGGACAGAUUAGACAAGAAAGAAGAUAAGUUAGAAGUUGAACUGCCAGAAUGUAUUUUUAACUCUGGGAACGUUCCCCAUGAUUGGCUUUUCCCUCAAGUGGAUGCUGCAGUACAUCAUGGUGGAUCUGGUACAACAGGGGCUACAUUAAGGGCAGGUAUACCUACUGUAAUUAAACCAUUCUUUGGGGACCAAUUUUUCUAUGCGUCAAGAGUUGAGGAUAUGGGUGUAGGAAUUGCUCUAAGGAAAUUCAAUACAAAAACUUUCACACAAGCAUUAAAAGAUGUUACAACGGACAAGCGGAUGUAUAAUAAAGUUCAAGAGGUUAAGAAACAGAUUGCGGCCGAAGAUGGAGUGAAAACUGCCAUAAACUGCCUGUAUUGCGAACUUGAAUAUGCCAGAAGUGUCACAGAAGAUAGGCGUAAGAGAACGAAGGAUCCUAAAAAUCCCCUCCAAUCCAUGAAAAGUACAGUCUCUAAUGUUGUACCUCUUGAUCUGAGAAGUAUGGGACUGGAGGAUUCAUGGAUUCUACUCUAG